CAUGAGUAAGCGAGCGUCGCAGGGAUCGAUGCAGCCUGGCGGACGGGUUUGAUUGCGAGCCCUUGUGUGUUCACCCCAGGACGGGCUGAGGCACGAGCCGGGCCAUGAGCGCGUGAGGAGGGCGCGCGCGCAGGAGGAGGACUGGGUCGCCGACAUGACCAACGUAUAUUCUUUCGAUGGGCUCCUAGUUUUUGGCUUGCUUUUUAUAUGCACCUGUGCAUACUUGAAGAAAGUUCCGCGGCUGAAUAAAUGGUUACUUUCUGAAAAGAAAGGGGUUUGGGGUGUAUUUUACAAAGCUGCGGUAAUAGGAACAAGGCUUCAUGUACCAGUUGCACUGUCUUGCCUUGUCACGGGUGUUUAUGUUUUGUUUAUUAAAUGACAUCAGCAGUCCAAAGUUGACCCUGACUCUGAGAGGAACAAUAUAUUUUGCAAAAUCAUUCAAUGAGGAUUAAGUUCAGAAAAUGUUUUCUUUCUGUAGAAGAACCGAACACUAUACCAUUUAUUCUCUAGUGCUAUCCUGGAGGUGCUUGGAAGAAAUACUGGCAGAUGGGAAAGUAGUUAAGUGCUGGUCUAUGUAAAUGGUCUGUAUUAAAUCUGUCCCUGAAUUCCACGAUGUGUGCACACAUCAAAACUUCUGUCUCACUUAAAAAUGUCAUGAAGGACUAGUCAGAUAAUUAAACAAGAUGUUUGGUUAUUCCACUUUUAAAGGAAGUCUGUUGUUUGGUAACCUUGCUAAAUUCUUAAUGGAAACAUCUGAUUUUUUUUAGUUUGUAAAUUUAAUAAAAUACCAAUUUUCCAUGUUAAAUUAAAAGUUUGUUUUGACUUCUUUUGUCUAAGAUAAUGAGAUUGUUGUACCUCGGUCCAGUUGACUGUUUGCACCUGUCUUCCUAAAAUGAUGUAUUAUAGGUUAAUAAUAAAAUUAAUGCUGUAUUCAGAA